UUAUGGCUGAUGACUCACUUCAACAAUUAAAUAAACCAAAAGUAGAAAUACAUCCAGAGGCUGUUGUUGUAGCCAAAGCUAUUUUACGUGGUGGAAAUAUUGUUAUUGGGGCUGGAACUGUUAUACACCCACAGGCACUUAUAGAUGCUGGUGAAGGCAAAAUUAUUUUUGGUUCAAAUAAUAUAGUUGAAGAAACUGCAAUAAUUCAAAAUUUGUAUUUAUAUUUUAAAUUAUUUUUCAAAAAAUAUUUUAGAGGACCAUCUGGAAAUUUAAUGAAAAUUGGUGAUGAGAAUUUAUUUGAAAUUGGCUCGGGUUGGUUUUUUAUUUUUCUUUUCCUAAUCUUAUGA